AUGCUGGGCUCCAAGGUCGCGACGGCUGCCCGGGAGACGUGGAUGGCCCUGUGGAUGGCUGUGACCAUCACGCGCGGCAACGACGCCCGCCUGGUGUUCCUGGCUGACCUCCUGGCCCCCGCCUGCAUCAGCAUCAUUGGUGGCAGCGAUGGGAGCGAGGCCCCCGCCGUCAGCGCUCCCCUGCCCAAGGUGCUGUCGCACCUGGCUCAGGUGGUGGUGCAGGACGCGUGCGAGCUGCUGAGCAGCGAAGAGACAGACGGACGGCGGGCCGCCGAGGCAAACCCCAUCCACAGGUUCCUGAUUCAGUGUCAGGAGUCCAGGAACGUGCUGACCCAGCAUCAGCAGAAGCUCAAGGCUGGCGCACACGACUACGUGCGGCCCGUGAGCACCCGCGAGCUAGUCCAGCAGCUGCGCGCAGAGCUGGCUGGCAUGCGGACAAUGAUGGAGCAGCAGCAGCAGCAAAAGCAGCAGAUGCAGCAGCAGCAGCUUGCUUUGAACAACGGCAGCGCUGCGGCGCCCCUAUCAACACCUUCGUCAGCGUCCCCCCAUCUCAUGGCGUGGGUCGACGCGCCGCGCGUCAACGGCAAGUCGGUGCUGCAGCGUGUGACCGGCGGCGACGUCUCGUUGCGCAAGGGCCAGAAGCUUUGGAAGCUGCUGUGGCGCAACCUCAUCCUCGUCAUACAGCGCGUUGCCGAGCUGCAGCUCCAGGGCUCCCGCGUCUGCAAUAAGACGGCUGCGGCGGAGGCGGCUGUUGCUGGGCGGCGAGAGCGAGCCAUGACAAUGGCGGUGUACGCCCGGCACCUGGAGGGGGCUGCCGCUGCCAAGGCCAAGGCGGCGCGGGGGGAGAGCGGCACCGGCAACGAGAUGGGGUGGGAGGUGAUGAGUGAAAGGGGGUUGUGGCUGAUCGGCUUGCAGUGUGCCUUUGCGUGA